AUGGCCAGGCGGUUCCUCACGCCGGACACCGUCCCGCAGGCGGCGGCGGAUGGCACCGGUGCUGACGCCGUCCCUCCGGCGCCGCACGUCGUACAGUGGCACCUGCACGGGGCGGCCGUGAAGGUCGCCAUCGCGAGCAACGUCGUCGUCGCGGCGCUCUUUUUCGCCGCCAUCAUCUGGCGCAUCUUCUUCACGGGGACAUCCCAGGAAGGCGCCGCCGUCUCUCCGCAAGUGCAGGAGGAAUCGGCACACGGUACCGCGGAGGGGCCAUUAUUCUCAUCGUCGGCUACCAGCACGCCGCCGUGCGCAUCACCGCGGUCGGGCGGCCUCGGGGAGGCCGGCCUCCUGGCGCUGCCCGUGUACGUGCACGGCUCCUCCGCUGAUGAGGCUGCGGUGGGCGGCACCGGUGCCGAGGGGACGGCGGUGGAGUGCGCGGUGUGCCUAGGCGAGCUCCGGGACGGCGAGACCGGCCGGGUGUUGCCGCGGUGCGGCCACCGGUUCCACGCCGAGUGCGUGGACAGGUGGUUCCGGUCGCACGUCACCUGCCCGCUCUGCCGCGCCGUAGUGGCGGCCGACGGCGGCUCCGGCAAGUCCCCCAAGGUGCAGCCGGGUGUGUGA